AUGGCAUCAAGACCACCUCCGCCGAAACCUUGGGAGAGGGCGCAGCAGAGCACAGGAGCGGCAUCGUCGUCUCCGUUCGCUCCGUCGGCGCCGGCUGCCAGCACGUCGCAGGUAGUCGCAGAGGCCGGCACCGCUGGGAGCACCCCGUUAACGUCUGCAGACGCAGCUGCUGCUGGCCGUCCUAUGCCAUCUCGGCCGUGGGAAGGAGCAACCACUGCUGCAGGCGCAAGCGCGGUUUCCCCGUACGGUUCGUCCGCCUACGGCACACCCGCCAGCACCGCCGGCGGAGCGUACUUAGGGGCGAACCGCUACGGCAGCGGCAUGAGCUCGCUCUACGGUGGCGGGGGCAUGUACGGUGCGGGCGGCACCGCCUACGGCAGCGCCUAUUCUUCUCCCUACGCGUCGCGACUUGGCGGCUACGGCGGCUACGGCGCCGGGGGAUACGGGGCUGGCGGGAUGUACGGCGGAGGAUACGGGUCUAGUUACGGCAUGGGCGGAAUGGGGGGAUACGGAAGCAGCCUCGGCGGGGGGAUGUAUGGUUCGGGGAUGACGAUGGGGGGAAUGGGCGGGGGGAUGUAUGCGUCGGGUAUGGGCAUGGGCAUGGGGUACGGUGGCGAGAUGGGCAUGGGGCCGCAUGGGGGCGAUCCCAAUGCUCCGCCGGACGGCCAGGGACCCCCGCGCGCGCCCACCUUCUGGGUCUCCAUGCUGCGAGUGAUUCAUGGAGUGAUGACGGCAUUUGGUCGGCUGUGUGUACUGGUGGAUGAGAAUACACAUGCCAUCCACUUCUUUAUCACAGCACUACUGCAGCUAUGUGACCGUGCAGGUCUCUUGUACGGUGAGGUAUCAUCAGAGCGCGCCAAGCCCCGGCGAGCAAGGCGGCGAGUUGCCUGCCAAGCGGGGAGCGGGAGGUGGGAUGGAUCUGGGUCUGAGUUUCCGAACCCCGCGGACCUUCCGCCAAAGGCGGCGGAGGAGGAGGCGCGGAUGGACGGGGAAAGCCGCGCGGAGAGGAUCCGCGCAGAGGCGAGAAAGCUGCGAGAGGAGGAGGAGAUUAGGUUGUAUCAGGCUCCCGGCGCUGCGCCACGCGAGCUAGUUGAGGCGGCUGUGGCGGAGGAGAUAGGGGUGGGGGAAGGGGAAGGGGAAGGGGAGGGGGAAGGGGAGGGGGAAGGACUGGUGAAGAAAGCGGAAGCUUCUAGGCAACCUGCCGCUGCAGUGGGCGGGAGCAGGUUGACUCGAGGGGCUUUAAACGAGGAGAGGGAGGAAGGAGAGGUGGACGAGGAGGAGGAAGAGGAGGAGGAGGAGGAGGAAUUGGAGGAGGGGGAAGUGGAUGAGGAAGAGGAGGAAGAGCUAGAAGAGGGCGAGGUGGAUGAGGAGGAGGACGACGAGGAAGGGUUGUACGAGGAAGACGAAGAAGAGGAGGAGGAGGAUGAGGAUGAAGAGGGGGAGGAGGACGAAGAGGAGGAGGGGUCGUUUGACAUGCGUAUGGUGACAGCGAUGGCGGAGGCGGGCGAGGAGGGGGGCGCGGGCGCGCUCACUCUAGCGGAGAUCCUGGAGGACGCGGGGGUUGAGGCGCUGGACGUGGAUGGGGACCUGUCCGUUGAGAUCACUGGCAUUCAGGCUGACUCCAGGGAGGUGAAGCCGGGCGAUCUGUUUGUGUGUGUGGUGGGGCAGACGGUGGACGGGCACAUGUACGUGGGGGACGCGGCAGAGAGGGGCGCCGCUGCUGUCGUGCUCUCACGCGGAGACGUCGAGGUGGACGAGCGCGUCGACGCCGUGGUGCAGGUGGAGGACACGCAGUCGGUGCUCUCAGCACUGGCAGGAGCGUUCUACGACCACCCGUCAGAGAAACUCGCCAUGGUGGGGUUGACGGGCACGAACGGCAAGACGACGACCACGUACCUGAUCAAGAGCAUUUACGAGGCCAUGAAGGUGCCUGCUGGCCUGCUCGGCACCAUCAGCUACAAAAUCAAGGACCAGGAGUUAGAGGCACCCAACACCACACCCGACGCCAUCUCUCUCCAGAGGCUGCUCGCACAGAUGGUGGAGGCUGGGUGCGAGGCGUGUGUCAUGGAGGUGUCUUCCCACGCGCUCACGCUGGGGCGAGUGGAGGACAUCGACUUUGACGUCGCUGUGUUUACUAAUCUCACGCGUGAUCAUUUGGAUUUUCAUGGGACCAUGGAGGCGUAUCGGGAUGCCAAGGCCAGGCUGUUUGAUGCCAUGACGGACCCCACACGCCACAGGAAGGUGCGUUGGAUGGGUUGGGUGCGGUGA